UAAAAUCACAGUCAUUAAUAACAAUAACCCAAUUAUUACCAACUAAUACUACCUCUGUUAUUGAUUAUACUACUACUUCCUCUGUUGGUGCUCAUUCUACCUCUGCUGUUACUCCUGAUACCGCUACCUCUUCAAGUUUUCCUGGUGCUGUAACAAUGGUUACGGUAGCAGUUGUUUUUUCAACUGCUACUUUAACGGGAGUGAUUUUUUGUAUUAGUUAUGGCAUAAGAAGACGAAGAAAGGUCAAGAAAAUAGAGGAAUUACUCAAAAAUAGUCAUGCUAAUGAUCAAGACAUGAUUAAAAAUUCAAAUAGUGAUGAAAAAAUUCAAGUUGAUAAUAAAACUGAUAAAAUCAAGUUGUGA